AUGAAAAUCAUGACCACGCUCACUCUGGCGUCGGUAGCCUUGGCUAUCCCGAUGGACACGAAGACAAGCAAACGCCAGUCGACUGGCAGCACCGCCAAUGAUUUCAAGAGAAAUGGCUGCAAUGAUAUCAUUUUUAUUUUCGCUCGCGGCUCAGCCGAGAUUGGAAAUAUGGGUACCAUCGUUGGGCCUGACGUCGCCGACAACCUGAAAGAGGAAUUUCCCGGCCAAGUUGCAGUUCAAGGCGUAGACUAUGCAGCUCUUCUGUCAACCAAUUUCCUCCCAGGCGGUACUGAUGAUGAGGGCAUUGAUGAAAUGAAGAGCCUCCUCAGCGAUUCCAUGAGCCAGUGCCCCGACUCCAUCAUUGUAGCUGGAGGAUAUUCCCAAGGUGCCGCUGUCAAUCACCGAGCGAUUGAGGAUCUCCCCGAGGACCAAAAGAACCGCAUCGCUGGCGUCGUCACCUUUGGAGAUACCCAAUUUCGUGCUGACGACGGUCAAAUACCCAACUUCCCCGCCGACAAGGUGGAAAUAAUCUGUGCCGCAAACCCUCGCGACACCGUCUGUGACGGUGUCUUGACUGCAGCCAUCCUGCCACCCCAUCUGUCGUAUGGUAGAAAUGCUGCAGAGGGAGCAGAGUUUCUUGCCGAAAAGAUCCGCGUCGUUCAAGGCGCUUGA